AUGUCGGCGUGUAGUGAGGUCAGACUCCCACAAUGCAGCAGCCGGGGACAAGCAUGGAGGCCGCACUCACCGCCCCGCCGCCCCGCAAUCUAUAGGCUCCCCCGCCCCCAGCCCCCGGAACACAGGCGGCCACGACCCCCCAGCCCGGGGCAUAGGGAUACAGUGUACAGUAUAGAGUGUCAGCGCCGGCGGCCCGCAACAAACAGGAGGACGAGAAGGGCAGCGCUUGCGGGUGAUGGUCAGACGACAGAUACAAAAAGUAGAGAAUCAGAAGAAUUUUCAGAAAUUUUGAACCCACCACUGACCACACUAACUUGCCAUAGGAAUGCAUCCUUGAAAGCAAAAAGAAUGUCGGAGCGGCCCGAGGAUGACGUCAGAGGGGAGCAGCGCAGAGCGGGGGCCCGGCCGCAGCAACGGCGGCAGCAGCAGCAGCAGCAGCAAGGGGACAGCGCGAUGGCGGCCCUGCCCAGUCCCGGAGCCAUGCUGGGGAAGCCCUGGGUCAACUGGCUGGACGCUGCCAAGCUGCACGAUGAACUGGACGAAAGUUUCAAGGAGAGCGACAAGAAACGAGAAGCCAUGAGACUCAGCAAGGAGGACAUGCCAAUAUUUGGACUAUGCCCUGCCUACGAUGAGUUCUAUCUGGUUGUAUGUAGCCAAUGUAAUCAGGUCAUAAAGCCGCAAGCAUUUCAAUCACAUUAUGAACGAAGACAUGGGUCCUCCAGCAAAGCCCCUCUAACACCGCCAUCAUCCUCUGUGUACUCCCUUCACUCCUCCUCCCUGCCUUCGACAAAAAGCAAAGCGGGCGGCGGCAGCACCCGUACGUCCAGCAGUGCAAGCGGUAGUGCCUCCUCCAACUCCAAGCUGAUCAAAUCUCCCAAAGAAAAGCUACAGAUAGGUGGAAGCAACAGGUCCAUGCAUUCUGUACAAAGCAAAACAUCCCUAGACAAAAUAAUGACACCCUCUGUUAAGGUGGAGAAAAUGCAUACAAUCCAAAAGACAGACGGUGUGUUCUCCAAAUCUGCUGCUGGGUCUACCUGUUCCUCUUCUGUCAGCUCCUCAGUAAAGACUGGCCUUAACUGGCAAUCAAUACCAAAGCCACCUUUGCCUUCCCCUGGACAGAUACCAAAUGGUAAAGGAAUUCUCUCAACUCCUCCGAAUGUGGAAAAGAAGCCAGAGGACACAAAUUGUAGGAAACACUUACACAAGAGAUUGUCAGAUCGAGAGUUUGACCCUGAUAUACACUGUGGAGUUGUGGAUGUUGAGACGAAGAAGCCGUGCACUAGAUCUCUGACAUGCAAGACACAUUCCUUAGGCUACAGGAGAGCAGUACAAGGGCGCAAGAAAGGUUUUGAUGCGUUAUUAGCUGAGCACAAAAGUAAAACCAGGGAAAAAGAACUGCUACGUCAAGCUGAACAACAACAGCAACAGACGCCUGCGCUCAGGGAACCGCAUCCCUCACCUUCUAAAUCUUCCCAGGAAACACACCAAAAUUCUCAUGGACUUUCUGCCCCUGAAGUUAAGCCUUCAGUACCCAGCAAGGCUAAGCCUCACAACCCCAGUCUUCCAAGGCCAUCAGGUUACCCAGCGCAGCACAGUGGUAACGCUCCCAAUGGUUCACCAUCAGUGCAUGAAUCUCCACAACCAGUUGUACCUGCGGCUGAGCCAGCCUCCCGCUUGUCUAGUGACGAGGGGGAAGGGGACGAAAAAGAAGAAUGCUCCGAAAAACUGGACUGUCAUUAUUCAGACCAUCACCCUCGACCAGCAGCUUUUUGCUCAUUCGGUAGCAGACAGAUUGGGAGAGGAUAUUAUGUAUUUGACAAGCGGUGGGACCACAUCCGAUGUGCACUUAACUUCAUGGUGGACAAACAUCUUAACUCCCAGAUGUGGAGGAAAAUUCCUCCAGCGUCUAGUAGUUCAUCCACACAUGCUCCACACCGGACCAGCACAAAUUCAGCGCCUGUGUUACAGAGUAUGAACAACACUGGUUUUCUCUCGCCCAGCACAGUUACCUCUCCCUCAACCCCUGUGACCUCUCCCUGUACUUCUGUGGACAAAGUCCUUUCACAAGGAACUACACUAAGCACUCACACUGCAACAGACCCCACCAGUAGUAUGCAAUCCAGACAAGUGUCUUCUUCAGCAUCCACACCGUCAGUGCUUUCCUCAUUGCCUAGCCCAGUCUCCAGCAAACCUCAAAAAUUAAAAUCCAACAAGGCUGUGAAACCUAAGGAACCCCCCGCCAGCAGCAUGAACUGCAGUAGCAGCGGCUCAGGAAAGAAACGGAAAAAUAACUCCCCACCCCAGCUGCUAGCGCACCCCCCUUCCCAUUCCACUGAGUCUUUUAGGAAAAACUGUGUGGUGAACUCUGGAACGUACCACUCUCCCGGCACAACGCUGUCCCACGGCAGUCCGCAUAGUGUCAACCUCAAUUUUGUGAACAAUCGAUCUGUGAGUCUUAAACAUGACCAAUCAGGGAGGGGUCCUCAGACAGGAAACCCUGCGGAAUCGAUAAAGCGCAUGAGCGUAGUUAUGAAUAGCAGUGACUCAACGCUUUCACUCGGACCGUUUGUUCACCAAGCUGGUGACCAAGCUGUGAACUCGCACAACACCUUUUCCCAUUCUCAUGCUUCCCUAGACAAGUUUGCAGGGAAAAAGCGGAAGUCUUCAGCUGGUCCCAGCAGCAUCACCAAUAACAGCAAAUCCAGUAAGGUUGCCAAACUGCCGUCAGUAAACAACAUUCACGCAAAACACAAUAGUGGGAUUUCAGGAACGCCGACGCUGACCAAUAAUUCACUUCGUCAUCAGCCAAAGGCACGUCCCUGACAGUUGUUAUUACAUGAACUGGACAAGUAUGGUAACAAUCACAAACCUCCAGCUGGCUCUGUGGGCUCCAAGAUGCCUUUGAGUUUUCUCAACCUUUUCCGUGGUCCUCAGGUGUGUGGAGUGUUUCUGAAUUUGUCAGCUGGACAAGGAAUUUUCCCUGAAGCCAUGUCUGUAGCAGUCAGUCCCAUUGCCGCUUCUAUCAGUGUUAGUGGACUGAGCCGCUUGCUACAAACCUGUAAGAUUUAAUUUUGCGUUGAGCGCGAGCUUAUGUCCUCCAGCCCGGGCAAGAAAGAGAGAAAAACUUCACUGUAACUUUCUGACCGGAAUGAUGUCGUCUUAUGCCGAUCAGUGUGGACACAACAACCACCACAAAAGGAAUAUGGCUUUAUUCUUUUACAGCAAUGCUCCAGUGAAAAACUACUAAAAUAGCACAAUUACAUGAAAAAAAAAUAUAAAAAAAUAUAUAUAUAAUAAUAAAGACUAUGUAUUGGGCUGGUCGGCCUUUUUCCAGGUUACAUAUGCUAAGAAGCUUUGAGGAGUUUUAAUGUCAAUAAUAUUUUUUCAAACUUACAUGAAUUUUUUUAUGUAUAAAUAUAUACUAAAAUUUAUGUUCUCUAAAGUUACUGUGAUUGUAUUGGUAUAAAGAAAAACCAAAAGUGAAGAUGGGCAAAAAUAUUUGAGAAAAUCUCCAAAGAUUACCAUAUGGUUAGAAGUGAUGGUUAGUGAAUGGUUAUGCCGCAAUCCCUGUCUGUACUGCCACCCAUCUAGCAGACAUUAUUGUUGGGCAAACGUUUACAUAUUGGCCACAUUACCCCUACAUUUAGUCACUGUGCAACUUUGGCCAUUAUGGCAGUAUUGCCUGUGUGGUAUUGCAGCCCGUAGACAAGUACUAAGAUAAUCUUUCAGUAACCGACCUUUCCUCCUCAGACUUAGGAGUCUUGUUGCUCGUAGACAAUAAAUUUAUCAGGAGGAAACAAAGCUUUGAUGCAGUUGCUAUGGAGUGUUGACAGCAGAGGAUAUUUCGACUAGGCCUCCAUCUCUGCUUGCUACCAGUAUCAUUCAUUAUGGGCUUGUUAGUGCAUAGGCAGCUAUAUUUCAGCAGAUCCAGGGAUUAAUAAUUUGUUUUCAAUUCCCCAUUAGUGGGGUUGUCUAUUUUAAAGCCAUCUCCAUAACCAGCCAUUCUUGUAGCAGACCCAUAGGAUUGUGUUGCCAUUCCUCUAGACAAUGAAAGGUUUUCCUACACAAUUUGAAUAUGAAGGGACACAUUCUAUGGAAUGAUUACAGUCAGUUGUCAAUUUAUGCAUACAUUUUCAGGGGGAGUAACAAGUACACAAUGCAGAGUUUUAUAGAGAAUACAAUUAUUUACUUAAAAAAGACAUGUCAGGAGAGCUAGCAGAUCUUCUUAUAAACAGUCACUGUUAUUUGAAUAAACCUUUGUCAUGUUGUCCAGACUUGUCAAAAGUUUAGAUCGCACAGGGUCUCACUCCUUACAACUGGGUAAAUUGCAUAGCACUUGAACCCAACCCUUUCACAGCAUAAGUCUAUGGAGAGAAAAGGUCGGAUGGAGCAGCCAGCCACGGAUUGUAGAGCGCCCCCGUACACGUCACAUGGUUAUAGCUCGCAGUUGCAUCGUAUUUCAGGACUGAGACCUGGUGCGAUCUAAACUUUUGACAUGUCUGGACAACAUGACAAAAGUUUAUUAAAAUGAUAGUAACGCUUUAGAUAUCUUUUAACUACUGAGUUUGCUCCAUUGACAGCCCUGUGACCGUGCACAACUUUAGAAUCAAUUCUUGCUCGGGCAUUGGCUAUGCAUCUAAUAUCUUUGGUAUAGUUCUUCAUUAUCCUUUUUCUGUUUCCAGUUUGUUGGUACCAUGUCCGCUAUGGAGAAAAAUUUAUAACUAUCUGCAAAAUGUUACCAAUCUGCUGCUGUUGAUGGAUUUUAUUAGAAUAUUUAAGAAAAAAUUUGGUUAGAUAAAAAGAAGUUCCACUUUGCAAGUGUUCUAAUUCCCUGGAAAAGUCAUUCAAGACUUUUUUUUUUUUUUAGGGAAUCCAAAUACUUAGAAAGCAGAACUACUUUUAUUUAGACAAAAUGAAUGGCUGCUUGCAUUUCAUACUGUAAGUUCACUCGACAGUUUUGUUUUUUUUAUUUAUUUUUUUAUAAAAAAAACAAAACAAACGGCAAAAACAAACAUUGGAGAAAUAACAUUUGUAAACCAGAUGAGAUAGGGUGGCAAACAAUACAUUAAUAAAAUGUAAUGUAAUCAUGUACAUUAUAUUGAUUGUAUAAGACUAUAAAUCACAUUGGGCAUUUAUGUAUCAGGCGGCAGGGGGUAUUAAAGUGUUAUUAUUCAAACAGCCUCACCGCCAUACAUUCUAAGAAUAACCGAUCCAUCAACAGCAGCUGCUGAAUGUUUUUAUCAGCAGCAGAUGCAGAACAUUGAAGAGAAUAAUUAAGACAUAUGACAAAAAAAUGCAAAAUUUUUGAAUGGGCACUGUCAGAUCCAAAAACUUUUUAUGUGUUGUAAAUCUUGGAAAAACAUUAACCUUUCUAAUAUACUUCAUAAGAAAAUUGU